ACUCGUUUUUGUGCAUCUCAAUAAUCCUCUUCAAAUUCCUCAAACCCAAAAUCAAAUAAAACCCGUUUCAUAUUCACCAUGCCGGUUGACGCGUCAGUAGUUUCAGGCCAGAUUGUGUGCGUCACCGGCGCCGGCGGCUUCAUCGCCUCUUGGCUGGUGAAGCUCCUCCUUGAGAAGGGAUACACUGUUAGAGGAACUGUUAGAAACCCAGACGAUGAGAAGAAUGCUCAUUUGAAGGAUCUAGAAGGAGCUCACGACAGAUUGUCUUUGUUCAGUGCUGAUCUUCUUGAUUUUCAGAGUCUCAAAUCCGCCAUUAUGGGCUGUGAUGGCGUUUUCCACACCGCGUCUCCCGUGACCGAUGACCCCGAAAAGGUGGAGCAAGCCAUAAUUGGGACUAAGAACGUCAUGACUGCAGCGGCUGAAGCAAAAGUCCGACGAGUGGUGUUCACGUCAUCGAUUGGCACCGUAUACAUGAACCCCAACCGGAGCCCCGACACGGUGGUGGACGAGUCUUGUUGGAGUGACCUUGAGUUUUGCAAAAACACCAAGAAUUGGUAUUGCUAUGCAAAGACAAUUGCAGAGCAGGCAGCAUGGGCAGUGGCAGAAGAAAGAAGAUUGGAUUUAGUAGUGGUGAAUCCAAUGUUGGUGUUGGGACCUCUGCUGCAAGCUGGUGUGAAYGCAAGUGUGGUUCAUAUAAUGAAGUAUUUGACUGGAUCCGCAAAGACAUAUGUGAAUGCAGUUCAAGGCUACGUUGAUGUUAARGAUGUGGCAAAGGCCCACGUUUUGGUUUAUGAAACUCCCUCGGCCUCUGGCAGAUAUAUUUGUGUUGAGAGCAUGCUUCAUCGUGGAGAAUUGGUUGAUAUUCUGGCCAAGUACUUUCCUGAAUAUCCUCUUCCCACCAAGUGCUCUGAUGAGGUGAAUCCCAAGAAAAAGCCUUACAAAUACACAGUUGAGAAGCUCAAGUCAUUGGGAAUGGAGUUCACACCAAUCAAACAAUGCAUCUAUGAAACUGUGAAGAGCCUCCAAGAGAAGGGUCAUCUUCCACUUCCCUCCCAAUUUCAACAAUGAUCUCUCCAUGGCUUCCCAUUGCCCUUUUUUUUUUUUUUGAGACAAUAUUUUGGGCAUUGUUAGAAAAUUUUAUAUGCCAAAGUUUUAUUUGUAAUUUAGAAAUAUCAAUUGCAAUUCAAGCUAUUGUAAUUCUUUAGUUAAUUAUAUAUUUAAUUUCACAUAUGAAUUCUGGACUA